AUGAUCCUUCCUGCCCUUGCACCUCCACUCUUCGUUGCCACAACACAACACUUGCCCAACUUGUUUCCUACUCCGGCCCGCCAACAAUGCGAAGCUUGUAUCAUCUCAAGCAUCGCUCCAAUGCCACGAUACGAUGAUCAUGAAGAAGAACAGCACGAAGAACUCGAACGCCUCGUUGACAACGACUCCGCCCAACCUCUCCUCGACGACGAUAACCAUCCGGCGUCUUCCUCGCCUACCGACCUUCUCGACCUAGAGAGUUUGAUAGCCCGCUACAAUCUUUCUGACCAUCGUGAUGACUUCUUCGAAGCAGUCACCACCUUGUCACAAGACUCCGUACCUUCCAACAAGAACAAAUUCCAUCUUCCCGUUCCCCUCACCCUCAUCAUCCUCGUCGUUGCCCUCGGCGCUGCAUCUCAGGGCUGGACUCAGACGGGUAUCAAUGGCGCAAACCUCUACUUCCCUCGCCUCUUCGGCAUCGGUUCAGACUCUCCCCGCGACACGCUCAUUCUCGGAAUCAUCAAUGCUGGAAUUUAUCUCAGCAAUGCCAUCUUUGGAUCUUUCCUCGUCGCGCCCGUAAAUGAUCGAUUCGGACGACGAGGCGCUAUCUUCAUCGGAAGCGUCAUUUCAUUCGUCGCGAAUACCGCAGGGAGUGUCGCACAAUCUUGGCUGGUGCUUCUCAUCUGUAGAUUGAUUCUCGGGGUUGGGCUAGCGCUGGUCUCGAGCUCGGCGAACGUCUAUGCAGCGGAAUGUGCGCCAAAGGAGAUCCGAGGUGGCCUAGGAGUGGUUUGGCAAAUGUUUUGCGCGUUUGGAAUUUUUGUCGGGUUUGCGGUCAACUGGUGGGUUGAUCAGAGCCCAGAGGCUUUUGGGCCGAUGAGGUGGAGAGUUAUGUUGGCCGCGGCUGCGCUACCAAGUCUGCCACUGAUGGGCUUGGUGUGGUUCUGCCCUGAGAGUCCGGCGUGGUUCGUCAAGCAUGGGGAGAGGUACGAAAAGGCGUUUGAUUCGUUGUGCAGAAUCAAGCACAAGAAGGUGGAAGCGGCGAGGGAAUUACUUAUGGUCUUCCAGCAGAAUGAGCAGAGUUCCAAGGUGGAGGAGAAUCCGCAUCGUUCAUUAAGCAGGAGCCUCAUGGAACUAUUCAGCGUUCCUCGAAUUCGGCGUGCGACUGUGGCCGCCUAUACCGCCAUGCUUGCUCAGCAGGCAUGCGGUAUCAACAUCAUCGCCUUCUUUUCAAGCAAUAUCUUCGUGCGAGCGAAUUUCUCUCCUUACGCCGCAGAAUUGGCUUCCACAAUAUUUGGUCUCUGCAAUUUCCUGGGUGCCUUCCCGGCCGUCUGGACAAUGGACUCUCUCGGACGACGCUCCUUGAUGCUUUACACUCUUCCGCCAAUGGCUCUGACACUAGCCAUCGCCGCUAUCGGUUUCUCCCUCGCAGACGCGCAAAGAAAAGUGAGCUUCUACCUCACGACAUCGAUGAUAUACCUCUUCUGCCUUCUAUACAGUCCCGGCAUGGGACCAGCGCCCACAGCGUACUCGGCGGAAGUCUUCCCAUUGAGCCACCGAGAACUGGCGUCCAGCAGCGCUGUGGCCGUCACGAACUUCUUCGCGGCUGUCUUAUCGUUGACCUUCCCAUAUUUACUUGCCAAGCUGGGUACUGCGGGAAGCUUUCUUCUUUACGCCGUACUGAACGUCGUGGCGUGGGUACUGGUCUUUUUGCUAGUUCCAGAGACGAAAAAGCAAAGUCUAGAGGGGCUCGAUGAGGUAUUCUCAGUCCCUACGAGACGAUUCGCGAAGUACCAAAUAAAGAGAUACUUGUUGAGGCAAGAUGUGAAGAAGCCUGGUCUCGCGGGCGUUGGGUUGGUUGAGCGAUAG